AUGAUUACGAGACAACAGCGCAGGCAUCAGAGUCUGGAAGUGUCGAGCUUUCCCCACAUCUCUGAGCCGGCGGCUACAGGCAAGACGUCGUUUCUGGAUCUAUCGGCCGAGUUACGAAACCAGAUUUACAGCAUAUGUCUGAGAACUCCAAAUCCAGUACACCUCGGCGGAAACCGCUGCCGCUCGUACACGAGCAUGUACAGCACAUUCGGGCACACGAGGGAGACUGUGCCAUUGUUCAACCCAGCUCUAUUGCGAUCCUGUAAACAGAUCAGAGAUGAAUCCAUCUCGAUUCUCUACGGCGACAACAUCUUCGUAUUCCGCACUGCCUGCGAGGCUCAGGUCUUUUUCGAGAGCACUCCUGAUGCAUUGAGGCAUCUCCGAUUCAUUGAAGUCGAAGCUGUCAGCCAGCCUAAGUUCGAGAUCAAGCGCCUGCUUGUUACACUCAAAGGCGCAUCCGAGCUACGCAGACUGACCCUAGGGUUUGGCUCAGAGCGUCCGAACGGGCCUGGUCGCGGUAUGAGACACUACCAACCUGAGGAGGCUGCGAAAGUGAUUGGGCCUCUUGUACGCCAUUUCUGGAAGCAGCGCAAGCCCAUCGAUAAGAAGAAGGUGCUUAGGAUUGUUCGAUGGUUACCGGCCAGUCACCGACGCCUUAUGUCGUCUUCCAAAAGUCAAGCCGUUCGUUUUGGAGCUGAGGUGAAAGUACUUCUCGAGAAGACUUUGAAGUGA